UUUACUUCCCUAUAUAAACACCAGCUUUGGGAUGGAUAGAACUCAGGAGUAGCGUCCAAGGAGAAGAAUAGAGGUUUCUAACCAACUACUUGAGCGAAAAAAAGAAUUUGUUCAGAGUGUUGCUAAACAGAGUUAUCAUGGCUAGUUCUGGAGUCCUGAAGUUGGCUUCCCUGAUGCUCGUUGUGUGCAUGGUGGUGAGUGCAACCCUGCAGGCGAGAGCAGCUGUGACGUGCGGCGACGUGGUGAGGACCUUAACCCCGUGCAUUUCCUACGUACGAUAUGGCGGACCACUGCCAGACAAUUGCUGCAAUGGGGUCAAGACGCUCUAUGGUGAGGCGCAGACCUCAGCUGACCGCCAGAAUGUCUGCAAGUGUAUCAAAUCAGCUGUCAAUGGAUUCUCGUACUCGAACUUCAACCUUGGUCUAGCAGCCGGCCUCCCUGGCAAAUGUGGUCUCCAUCUUCCUUACACCAUCAGCCCCUCCACCGACUGCAACAAGGUGCAGUGAGGUUGAUGGAUCAGCGAGUGCCGAGUAGGCUCAGGAGGAUCAAGUAGGGAGAAAUAAGCGGGCGGUUUGAGUCCACUAGAGACUCUCUCUAGGGGAGCUUUACUAGUAUUAUGUUUGUCACUUAUGAGGUAAAGGGAAGCUAUCUUGGUGUUGUUUUCAGCUUCCCAAAACCUGAAAUUAAAUCCUGUUUGCGUGUUCAAAUGUAAUCUUUAUCUCUAAUGAUCUAUUAAGUUUAGUCAGGUCUUUACUUUUAAAAGGAUUGCAUUUUCUGCAA